AUGAGUGUGUCCAAGCUGGUUAAUGAAGUCGGAGAUGGCUUGAGGGAGUCGCAGAACUCGCGCGAUGCCCGCGUCGAGGAGCUAUGGACGAGCCUCGAGCCCGACAAGACGGGCGAGCUGGAUCUCAAAGGCCUGCAGAAGGGGCUCCGGAGGAUUGAUCAUCCCAUGAAGAACGCCGACGACAUGCUCAAGCGCAUCAUGGAUGAGGUGGACAGGAACCGCGAUGGAAAGAUUCAAUACGAAGAGUUUCGAAAAUUUGUCGAAAAGGCAGAGAGGCAGCUCUUUGCCCUCUUCAGGGCAAUUGACAAGGAUGGAAACGGAAAGCUCGACAAGCUGGAGCUCCAGACGGCCUUUAAGAACGCCGGUCUCACAUUGUCGAACCGCCGCCUCGCCGAGUUUUUCAACGACAUGGAUCUCAACAACGACGGCUACGUCAGUUUCGAUGAAUGGCGAAACUUCCUCCUCUUUAUGCCCCCCCACGAUCACGAUUCUCAGCUCCAUGCCGUCCUCGACUUUUACUACUCAGUGGUCAGCGUGACCCCAGAAGGAGACACACUUGUGAGCGAGGAAACAUUAGAGGGUCUAGGUACGGACGGCUUCCGCUCCCUUUUCUCAACCCUUUUCGGCUCUCUUCUCCGAGUCGCAUUCCCCUUCGACGGUUCAAAACCCCCUGCCGACCGGACGAUAUCUGCCCAACCAGCCGUCCCCUCGAUACUGGAUGACGAACCCCAAGACGCGACCGAGAACAUGGCCACCGCUGCCGCAGUCCCGUACCCCGACUAUGACGACCCGGCUACCGAGACGCCGCCGGAAGUGGCCGAAUCCCUGUCACAGCUCGUCGGCGAUGGCACCCAUGGACACACCACUGGAGUCUCAACAGUACACAAGAAGUAUAGACUAACAGACUUUGUACCUGAUCCAGGCUACUUUGUUGCGGGUGCCAUCGCAGGCGGGGUGUCGCGGACGGCUACUGCACCUCUCGAUCGAUUAAAGGUUUAUCUGCUAGUUAAUACGACUAUUCGCGCCGAGACGGCGGGCGCGGCGCUCAAGCAAGGGCGACCCGUUGCUGCCUUGAAGAAUGCUGCGAAACCAUUCAGCGAUGCUAUCCGGGAACUUGUCAGGUCAGGGGGUGUUCGAAGUCUCUUUGCAGGAAAUGGCCUGAACGUGGUCAAGAUUAUGCCAGAGACUGCCAUCAAGUUUGGCUCAUACGAAGCGGCCAAGCGGGCCCUCGCCAACUUUGAGGGCCAUGGAGAUCCCAAGAAGCUCAGCUCGUGGUCCAAAUUCACCUCGGGCGGUCUUGCUGGCAUGAUUGCGCAGGCCUCUGUAUAUCCACUUGAUACCCUCAAGUUUCGACUACAGUGCGAAACUGUUAAAGACGGUCUUCAGGGUUUGGCCCUGGUUCGGCAGACGGCCAUCAAGAUGUACGCAGAUGGUGGUGUUCGAGCAUGCUACCGAGGCUUGACCAUGGGACUGGUGGGAAUGUUCCCUUAUAGUGCCAUCGACAUGGGCACAUUCGAGCUGCUCAAGAAGUCUUACAAGAACUACUAUGCGAAGCGCGACGGUAUGCACGAAGACGAUGUGAAACCGGGGAAUAUCGCUACCGGAAUCAUCGGUGCAACAUCCGGAGCUUUCGGAGCCAGCGUUGUCUAUCCAUUGAACGUGGUGCGGACACGACUUCAAACCCAAGGAACUGCCAUGCACCCUGCGACGUACACGGGAAUCUGGGAUGUAACCAAGAAGACGAUCCAACGGGAGGGUUACCGAGGUCUCUACAAGGGUCUAACACCCAAUCUACUCAAGGUUGCACCCGCUCUGAGCAUCACCUGGGUGGUGUACGAGAAUUCGAAGAGAAUGCUCGGCUUGAGUUGA